CGAGGUGGUUGCUCUGAAACAAGAGCUCUGGCUGGAUAUGCCAAGAUUUAUACCGCGAAGAAGAAGACGUAAAGUUAGAACUUCGCAUGGAACAUAUGGUGACAGUAAUCGAGCUGUAGAAGUAAUCGAUGACAAUGAAAGUGAUGCAGUACUUGAUGAUGUCUCUUCUUCAAACAAGGGUUCAGAUAAUAUUCCUAUGACGAAUUCAUUUUUUCGCAACAUAUUGAUCGAAGAUUGUCUCAAUGCAAAGGAAAUUCCUUUUUCGAAAGACUAUCGGCAACUCUUUCCAGAUCUCGUUCAACUUUCCCAAGAAAUGAAAGCUUCUCUAUUAUUCGGUUCUGGAAGCCUCCAGUCUCACACUGCGCAGCAACAGAUAUUCAGCACUGAAUCUAGAGACAAUCUGACAACCAUGCAAAGAUUUCAAAACAAAAUUAGUAUUCAUGACUUAUACGAAAAGAAUGACCCAGAUGUUGAUGUUUUGUUAGAAAAAAUGGCUACUAUGAAAAUCAAACAUAUUGUUGAAUACCCAAAAGGAACACAACUGAAGUUGAUUGUUACAUUCGAUGACGGAAGCCAAGCUUUGUUAAAGCCCAUGAGAUUUGAACGUAAGACAGAAACAAAUCCGAAUCACUUUUAUUUCACCGAUUUUGAAAGGCACAACAGUGAAAUCGCCGCUUUUCAUCUGGACAGAAUCUUGGGUUUCAGGCGUUGCCCUCCAGUGACCGGAAGAAAAAUGAAUCUCAAAAUGGAUCUUUAUGACAAUGCUGAAAAGGAAUUAAAGAAAACAUUUUUUAUUUCUCCUGCCGACAACAUAUGCUUCCACGGAAACUGUAAGCAGUACUGUGAUACCGGCCAUGCCAUCUGUGGUCAGCCUGCCAUCAUGGAAGUCAGCCUAGCCGCCCUAUUGCUUUUGGAGAGAAAGAAGUGGAAAAAUCCUUGGAGAAGGUCCUACAGUAAGAGAAAUCCGAUGGCUGAGUGGGAGACAAAUAACCUCUAUUGCCAAGUGGUCAGACAGCAGGCACUGUACAACAAUUCAAAACGUUUGGCUGAUCUAAUGGAUAUUUUCAUCUUGGAUUUUUUGAUAGGAAAUAUGGACCGCCACACUUAUGAAACUUUCACACAGUUUGGAAACGACAGCUUCAUUUUACAUCUAGACCAAGGAAGAGGAUUCGGUCGAGCAAAUCAUGAUGAACUGUCCAUCUUGACUCCUCUCAAACAAUGCUGUUUUCUGCAUUCCAGUACCUUCCACAGACUGGUGGAUCUGCAGCAUAGCGAUAUAAAAUUGUCUUCUCAGAUGCGCUGCUCUUUGUUCAAGGACGCACUCUUUCCCAUUUUGUCAGAGGCUCAUUUGGAAGCUCUAGAUCGAAGACUACAGAUCAUACUCCAUACCAUUAGAGAAUGCCUUCAAAAACAGGGCAUGAACAAUGUAUUUUACUGA